CAGUGUACAUCGCAAUUUUAUAAUUUCAUCCUUAACCUAAAAUUGGCGAACCUUCACUCUGAUUGCGCUUGAACAAUAACAACAAUGAGAAUAAUUGCAUUUUCAUUGAAAUGAGUCUUAUAACGAAUGAAAAUCACAACGAACACUCCAAUCAUGAGAUUGAAAAAUAAUUUAGACAUCUAAAAAUGAGUUUUGACGUUUCGACGAGACAAGAAACUGAUCAAUAAUGAAAAGUCUUGUGAUAUUUGUACCGAGCCAUUUCAGCGGUGAGGGACCGGGCUACAUGUACGGUAAAGUAACAUACGAUAAUGAGAACGGUGUAAAAAAAUUUUACAUUGUUGGUAUAAGUAAAAUCGACCCCGCGACUGGAACGAAAUCGAACAACGAUUUGAUCGGUUAUUAUUCGGGAGCGAGCGAGCACGAUGGUUUUCGUGAGAAAAAAAUUUCCGACUGGAUACAAGUCAAUUUCGAAAAAGCUAGUUAUAAGAAAACAAAUUACGACUAUCGACUUUCAGAGGUGAUAGUUGAACACAAAAAAAUAUCACAUUCGACGGUUCGUACAGUUUUCAUCGUUUACGACCAAUCAGCUCUGCUGAAAGCUGAGCUUUUUGAACACAGAGUUCCAUCCGGCAAUCAUUUUCAAGAACUAAAACGCACACUGGAGAAAAAAAUGAUUGAAGAACGCGUCAAUGAGAAAUCCAGGUUCACUCGAUUCAGAGAAACUCUCCUGAUGUCUAGCAUGCUUCUGCAACUCUAUCCUGUGCUCUUCCUUUCUAAAAUAACAAACAAAUUAUUACCGAUGCUGAAAUAUUCUACACUAGGGAUGCACCUCAAUGGCUGGUUAGAAAAUACCAAAUGGAUGCUUGUUACUGUAAUUCAGGAGAAAAAAUUCACCCUUAAAACUGGAAAUCAUAUUUUGGCCACAAUCUCGGAUGUCUAUCUAGGAGUUUUGCUUCUCAGAUUUUUAUUGCUUGUCAUCGGUGAUACACCUCCGUCUCAAAUAUUGCUGGACAAUGCAGAGAUAGUUGUAGAUUCGUUGAAAAGUCUAGUUGACUGGUUAAUGGGAGCUCCAGCAGGACUGAAGCUCAAUCACUCAUUUAACAAGAUGCUUGGAAAGUUUUUUCUCUAUCACAUUCAUUUGUGGUGGACGUUUCUUGUAUUUAUAAAGCCUGUUAUGGAUUUUGCCUUCAAAGUUCUCUUACUGUUUGGCAGACUCGGAGUAACUUUCCAGAUAUCCAUAGCCGCUGACAUUCUAGCUCUAGUUAGCUUUCAUACUUACUGCAUAUAUGUAUACGCUGCCAGGCUUUUUAAUAUUCAAGUACGAGGAUUAACAGCAUUGUUUCGAUUAUUCUUGGGCAAAAAAAAAAAUCCGCUGAGAGAACGAGUGGACUCUUGUCAGUAUCAACCUGAUCAACUAUUUGUUGGAACUCUUCUUUUUACUAUUCUGUUAUUUUUAAUGCCAACAACUUGGGUCUAUUAUGCAGUAUUUACUACGCUCAGAGUAAUGUUAAUUGGACUCGGUGGUUUGCUCACGAGACUACGAUUUUAUAUGCAAGUUAUGCCUAUUUACACCUUUUUAAGCUGGUUGUUCCGAUCACGUAACACACGUAGUGCCGUUAAAUUGGUGCUGCAUUCUUGCCAAGCUGGGAAGCCAGUCGUAUUGAUAAUGUCAACUGUGGCAGCACCAUGGUCUGACACAUGGAAACGUUGCAUACCAGACACCAUAAACUAUCACCCCUCGAUCGAAUGGACUACGAUUGUUAGAAAUAUAUUUUGGGGACAAUUGCUGUACCCUCUUUAGUUGUUUAAAAAAUUUGUAACUUAGAAUAAAACAGAGAAAACGGAGCAAACAAA